AUGCCGUCUUCCUAUUGGCGGCCGUGGUGGAAUGGCCCGCACGUCGUCCGCGUCGUCAUCCGCAUUCUGAGGCUACCGUUUCUGCUUCCAUUUAUAUCCUUCCUCGUUAUCACCGACGUCCUCGAGGGCCGCUGGUGCGCCAAGUUCGGCCGCAAGGACAUCUGGCAGCCCGCAUUUCCGCUCUCGUUCCGGCUUUGGUCUAUAGCCCUCCUAGCGGCCACCAUCAAUGCUGGGAUUUGGCUGUGCUGGAUGCUCGUGUGGGAGGCGGUCGUGUGGUGCUUGAAAAGACGAAAUUCGCGGGGCUGGCGCUCUCCGCGUCAGAACGGAAACCCGAGAUAUUCGGACGACGAGGGCGAAGGCCAGUACAUCCUGCUCCCGGACGGGGAGCGCCCCUCAAUGUCAAGCCCGCCAAUGUCUCCGACGCGUCGCUCGCGGAUACGACGCGCGUGGAACAUGCAGGACAUCUGGUGGUGGGCGCAGGUCGUUUUAUACGCGUCCAUUGCGCUUGUAGGCGUGUGGGAGACCAAGCACUACGAGCAUCCAAACGAUCGCGCCCUGUCGGACCGACAUCCAAGUCCUGAAGGAUGUGGCAAAGGAGAGAAGAUCUUCAUCGCGGCUUCUUUCUUCAACAACCAAGAUGUCCUUCCCUACUGGACGUCGACUCUGCUUGCUGUUAUCACGUACCUCGGGCCCGCAAACGUCUUCGUCUCGAUCGUCGAGUCACACUCGUCCGACAAUACACCCGCGCUUCUGACCACACUCGCAGAUACCCUUGCAGCGCGCGGCGUGCCGCACCAGGUGCUUGUGCAUGACGACGCCGCGGUGCCGAAGCCGGAUGACCUCUCCUUCAACAACCGCAUCGAGUUCCUCGCCCGUACGCGCAACCGCGCGCUCGAGCCGCUCGUGCGCACCGGCGGCUACGCUCGCGUGCUGUUCUCGAAUGACGUGUUAGUCGAGCCGGAGAGCGUCCUCGAGCUGCUCGAUACGCAUGAUGGCGAGUACGACAUGGCAUGUGCGAUGGACUUUGGCCAUUUCGGCGCAUAUGAUGCGUGGGUUUUGCGCGAUCGCCUCGGACACCUGACAAGUUCUAUCUGGCCCUACUUUAUUGAUGCCCCCUCCAUUGAUUUGAUGCGCAAAGAUGCGCCGGUUCCCGUUUUCUCCUGCUGGAAUGGCAUGGUCGUCUUCGACGCAGACCCGCUCCUCCCCAUUCACCUGCGCUCCAACCGCACGCUCUCCCGCGAUCCGCUCCCGUCGCCGCUCCCGCCCACGCACCCCGCAGCACACGACGCAUCGCUGCGCGGACCCUCGCCCGCGCUGACGCCGCCAAUCGCGUUCCGCUGGGCGCAGCGCGAGCUGGGCGAGUGCUUCUCGAGCGAGUCGUUCCUGCUGCCGUACGACCUGCGGACUCCUGUCAUGAUCAACUUGGGCGGACUGCAUUUGACGCGUACUUGA